CCGACCCCUGAAUCCAUGGCUCCCGUGACCAAUCACAUUUCUAGAAACUGACAUCCGUGGACCUCAUCUUGACUCAUGAAAAAGAAAAAAGAAGAACAAGAUGAAAAAUGACCCACCGCAGUUCACCCGAUGGAAUGUCCAGCUUUCCAUCGCCUUCUUGCUGCAGUUUCAAUUGUCAGCAAUCCACUCCUUCGAUCCAGUUCCGCUACCUGGUCCUUCCGUCUCUCUACGCUCUCUGAUUGCUUGGUUAAAUCCGUCUGCUUGUCGUCGCCGCCACGGAUAUGGACCCUGGUCCGUUUCGGGUCCAUUUGGCAUGGCUACAAGCCGAGUCUAUUGUCAAUGCUCGUUUGCAAUCCUGACAAAUCCGCCUCCAAUCUUGCCUGUCUUUCUCCAGUUCUUCCCUCAUGAAUAAUUUUUUUUCUCCAAAAGUGGUCCCGCGGCGUUAGCGUCUGAUAACGCCGACGCCGCCAAUAUCGUUUAUACCCGUGAUGCAACGUCCUCCCCUCCUCCACUGACUUAUUUAUUAUCUUUCUCCCCCUCUUUAGUGUCAGUGGAUGGCUCUUGUUUCUUUCUCCCUUUGAGUCGGUUACGGUCUUUCUUUCUUUUCUCCUCCACCCUCACCCCAAUCUCCACUCCUCUCAAGGCGUGUGCUGGAGCUCCUGGAGCGCCCCAGUUCCGUGCCGCAUCAACCCUCUACAUCCCCCCCUAACUGCACUAAUCAUCGUCUUUAUCUUUGGCUGUACAUAUCUUCCAUACUUACUCCAGCUAAACGUUGAUAACAUCCCUUGCCUUCCGUAUUCGU